CACCGCCGCGGCUGCUGCCGCCGCCGCCAUCGCCAUGAAGCUGACCGACAGCGUGCUGAGGAGCUUCCACGUCGCGAAGGUGUUCCGCGAGAACUCGGACAAGAUCAACCUCUUUGACUUCAGCCCCAAUGGGGAGACCGUCAUCUCCAGCAGCGACGAUGACUCCAUCGUGCUUUAUGACUGCCAGGAAGGCAAACCAAAGAGAACCCUGUACAGUAAGAAAUACGGUGUGGACCUCAUCAGAUACACUCAAACAGCCAACACGGUUGUUUACAGCUCUAACAAAAUAGACGACACUAUCCGUUACUUGUCGUUGCAUGACAACAAAUACAUCAGAUAUUUCCCUGGACACAGCAAAAGGGUGGUGGCCUUGUCCAUGUCACCUGUGGAUGACACUUUCAUUUCUGGGUCUCUUGAUAAGACCAUUCGACUCUGGGAUCUCCGGUCUCCUAACUGCCAGGGCCUCAUGCAUCUACAGGGCAAACCAGUUUGCUCCUUUGAUCCAAAAGGGUUAAUUUUUGCCACAGGUGUCAACUCAGAAAUGGUCAAACUUUAUGACCUUCGUUCUUUUGAUAAGGGACCGUUUGCAACCUUUAAGAUGCAGUAUGAUUGGACUUGUGAGUGGACAGGACUUAAGUUCAGCAAUGAUGGCAAACUCAUACUCAUUUCCACCAACGCAGCUUCAUCCGGCAGCUUCAUCCGUCUUAUUGAUGCUUUCAAGGGUGUGGUGAUGCACACAUUUGGGGGUUAUGCUAACAGCAAAGCUGUUACACUCGAAGCUUCAUUUACCCCAGAUUCACAGUUUAUUAUGAUUGGUUCAGAAGAUGGCAAGAUCCACGUCUGGAAUGGAGAGAGUGGUAUAAAAGUAGCUGUAUUGGAUGGUAAACACACGGGUCCCAUUAUCUGUUUGCAGUUCAACCCCAAGUUCAUGACCUUUGCCAGCGCCUGUUCUAACAUGGCCUUCUGGUUGCCCACCAUUGAUGACUGAUCCUGACACUGCUCGGCUAUUUGUACAGUGAGGGCAUCCAACAGGAAAAAGUCAGAGGUGACUGAGAUGACAGUGGGAUUGACUGGAUCAUUUGACUGGACUGGAGAACAUCUUUCCACAUGGCCUUCCCAGGGAUGUGCUGUCCAUCUGCCCUAAAGAAAUACUUCGCUGAGCGCCUUCCAAAGGACUCAUGGUGCUGCAGAUUCAGUUGGCACUCAGCCUUUCCAGCUCUCAGCGCACCAAGCUCUUCAGAGGGUGACUGCUUAUGAUUAGGUUACAGUGGGGCCCUUGAGCCCCUUCAAUGUUGAAUAUAGUUGCUGCUGAAGAGCCGGUGACGUCACCAAUUGCCGCACAUCCUUCUCCCACCCCAGAAAUGCAUGGGAAGCCACAGUUCUGGUUUUGAGAUGCUAGGGCAGCUCAGCACCUCUUGCCCUCACCCUGCAUGUCUUGUUACUGGGUCUCCCUGUGUAAUUGUGGCAUUAUUCCACAACCAUCAUGUUUCUUAGGUGCCAAACAUUUACAAAAAUAAGUCUUCAUAUAACUUGGGGUCAAAGAAAGGGACAAAGAGAGAAGGACCUUGUUUGUCAGGAGGCUUUACAGUAUUCCUGUGUUGGUGGGUGGGGCAGGUCGUGGGCUUGGAUGUUGGCUAGCAAACAAGGCCCAAGCGUCUGAAAGGGAGGGAAGGGAGUAGCAGGUAAAUUCUGAGAGCUGAAAGGUUUAACAGCCUGGUGCAAUUCCCCCAUCAAGACAGCCCCACAGUCUUCGUGGGGAUCCUACCGAGCUUGGCUUGUACAAAAGCAAGGUAGUAGUUUAUUUUUGUACCUGAGUCACAUCACGUUUUCCUGUGGGCCAGUAUUGUGGAAUGAGUCUGAGUUGUUUACACUGAUGCCUUCCUUCCCUGCCCACCGCGAAUUGUGUACGUAGUCAGCAGAUGAUACCCCUCUUCCCCAGCUCUUCCCCAAGAGCUGGCUCUAGGCCUGUGUUAUAUGUUAUAUUUAGCCUUUUUAUAUAUGACCCUUGAUCUGUUUGUAUUUGAGCACAGUGUGCAUGUCCAAUUAAAUUCUCUCUCAUCUAG